UUCCUUGUUCAGAAGCUAAUUAGUGAGAGCAAGUGUGAUUAUCGGGAAGAGUUCGAAAGGAUGGCAUCACCAUCUCGGCGUCAUCUUGUGCAUGCCAUGGUUUUCGGCUUACUAGCAAUUAACGUGGCGGCCAAUAUUUAUGAUAAUGAGGAACCUCCUAGGCCACCUCAUGAUCACGAAGACCCACCAUUACCAUAUAAUCAUAAAAACUCUCUAUUUCUGCCAUCAGGACUUCUUCAUCGAGGAACACCGCCGCCGCCGCCUCGAUCACCACCACCUCCAAAUAAGAAGAAAACGCCCCCACCACCUCCAAAAAAGAAGAAAACACAAUCACCUCCACCACCAGCAAAGUCUCCACCCCCGCCACCACCAGCGAAGUCUCCACCAUUGCCAUCAGCUUCACCUCCGACCUCAUCUUCAGCUCCCAUUUUACCUCCAUUGCCUUCUAAAAUUUCUCCAGUUACACCCCCUUCAAAAGUUCCACCAUCCCCAUCCCCGGCUUCCAAUUUAUCUCCAUCUCCUCCUUAUACUUCACCAGCAUCCCCUCCGAGAAUUCCCCCCAUUCCAUCUCCAUCCCCAACUCCUAAUUUAUCUCCUUCGCAUCCUUAUACUCCCCCGACAUCCUCUCCAAAAGUUUCACCAUCCCCAUCCCCAACUCCCAAUUUAUCUCCAUCACAUCCUUAUACUCCCCCGACAUCCCCUCCAAGAAUUUCACCCAUUCCAUCACUGUCCCUAACUCCCAAUUUAUCUCCAUUACAUCCUUAUACUCCACCGACAUCCUCUCCAAAAGUUUCACGAUUUCCAUCACCAUCCCCAACUCCCAAUUCAUCUCCAUCACAUCCUUAUACUCCCCCGACAUCCCCUCCAAGAAUUUCACCCAUUCCAUCCCCAUCCCCAUCCCCAUCCCCAACUCCUAAUUUAUCUCCAUCACAUCCUUAUACUCCCCCGACAUCCUCUCCAAAAGUUUCACCACCCCCAUCCCCAACUCCCAAUUUAUCUCCAUCACAUCCUUAUACUCCCCCGACAUCCCCUCCAAGAAUUUCACCCAUUCCAUCCCCAUCCCCAUCCCCAUCCCCAACUCCUAAUUUAUCUCCAUCACAUCCUUAUACUCCCCCGACAUCCUCUCCAAAAGUUUCACCAUCCCCAUCCCCAACUCCCAAUUUAUCUCCAUCACAUCCUUAUACUCCCCCGACAUCCCCUCCAAGAAUUUCACCCAUUCCAUCCCCAUCACCAUCCCCAUCCCCAACUCCCAAUUUAUCUCCAUCACAUCCUUAUACUCCCCCGACAUUCCCUCCAAAAAUUUCACCCAUUCCAUCACCUCCUUAUACUUCUCCUCCACCCCCUCCACCUAUCCUCAAAUCUCCACCUCCUCCGAGGUUUACACUUCCUCCCUUCUUUCACUUUAAAUCCCCGCCACCUCCAUCUCCUUCCCCCCCUCCACCUUUCCUCAAAUCUCCACCUCCUCCGAGGUUUACACUUCCUCCCUUGUUUCACUUUAAAUCGCCGCCACCUCCAUCUCCUUCUCCCCCUCCACCUAUCCUCAAAUCUCCACCUCCUCCGAGGUUUACACUUCCUCCCUUCUUUUACUUUAAAUCCCCGCCACGUCCAUCUCCUUCUCCCCCUCCACAUAUCCUUAAAUUUCCACCUCCUUCGAGGUUUACACUUCCUCCCUUCUUUCACUUUAAAUCUAAAUCCCCGCCUCCUCUAUCUCCAUCACCUCCUUCAUCCAAUAAUUAACCUCCACCUUGUUCAAAAAUAUCUAUCAAAAUUGAUUAUAUAUGGUUAAUGAUGGCAGUGGGUUUCUUCGAAGAGACUUACAUAUUAUAUAAUGCAUGUAUUGAAAAUGUAAUCAGUUGAAGGAAAGUCGAUUGUGCUCCAUCAAUCAUGCCAGAAUAAUAUCAUAGAAAAUUAGUUAUUGUAAUAAUAUAUGGAUAAUAUGGAGGAAAAUAUUAUGUUUGUUGAAAAGCAUUAUAAUACUAAAUGAAUGUCUUUUAUUACGAUAA